UAGGUGACUGAACCACUUCAAGCAGUAGAUCAACGUCAGCCUCCGCAAACCGAAGAGGCCGCAGUUCAGACGCAUACUUAUCAACGCUGGCCCCUGCUCUGUACGCCAGAAAGCGAAGCAAACUCCACAGCGUAUUGUCUGUCGGGUGUCCGGUCCGCCACGCAAUCUCUUCUAUGAUGCCUGCUGUAUCGCCUAUCUCCUUAUGCCGCCCUUUUGCUCCUAUGAACAGCCUGACCAGUCGAUGUGCACAUUUAUCAAGCAGCUCAGCCGAUACUCCGGUUGGCUUCAUCUGCCGCACGCUAUCGUCAAGCAUCCGCUUCAGCACCGUGUGCAGCCUACCAAUCGAGCGUAUGGCUAGUGCGUGCGUCAGAAACUGCGUGUAUGUCAGAUAUACGGGCUGUGCAUGGGCCCAAGCUACUUUCUGCUUGACGUGCAGCUUUGUCAGCCGCGUCUUCGCAGUCCCUCGCACGAUGCUCUUUGCGAGCGGUGAUCGGUUAGCGGCAGCUAUGGAUGCGAUCCGCCCAUGCACACUCGUUGCUGGUACCAGUGCCCGCGAUAGCCGUUGCAUUUACGUGAAAUUGGCAGGCGUACUGAGGGAAUUUGGAAAAAGGAAUGUACGAGGAGAAGAGCAGGAAACAGACCGAUUCAUGAUCUAGUUCUUUUGGCAGCCAAUGUAAGCAGGCUCGGCUCAGUCCCCUUCGGCUCGGACAUCUUCAGACACUACUACACGGCUGGUCAUGUCGGGCAUGAUGUACAUUUGCACACCUCUA